AUGCACCUGACGCGCCCACGUACCGCCUCUGCCUCUGCCUCCACCACCUCCGCCGCCUCCUCCUCCUGCUCCUCCUGCUCCUCCUCCUGCUCCUCCUGCUCCUGCUCUUUUCCUUUCACUUCUCGCAGGUCGUUGAGACGCGGUCUCUUGUGUGGGCACUCGUUGCUAGCAGAGGAGAUCGAGAACGUGUGGCAUCUCCCAGACUUCGAGCGCUACCGACCCAAGACAGACACCAAGCUCCUCAUCGUUGCUUCUCACUAUGAGGCCUCUUCAAAGAAGCAAGAGUUUCUCGGUCGGGCAACUGAGUUCGACGCUUCGUCUCACUGCUGGCCGCCGCUGCUAGGAGGAGCCAGCGUGUCGGGAGCCUCGUCCACAGACUUCGAGCUGGUGGACGAGAGGCUUGCGAGCUCAGACGAGGAGUACGAGAUG